AUGGUUCUUAUGUGCUCUGUGAGAAGCUGUAAAACCAAACAUUCCAAAAAUUCUGACAUAAAGUUCCACAAGUUUCCUACAAAUGAAGAGUUUAAAAGCAAAUGGUUAUUAGCCAUUAAUAAUGAAAGUUGGUUUGUGCCAUCCCAGCAUUCUGCUGUACUUCAUCAUUCAAAAGACAACGACAGUGACRGAACUAUAUUUGAUUCAAAUGAUAGCGAUGUUAUAGUGAACACUGGAGUWGUCAAUGRUUUUGUAGAAGAUGGUAUAUUAUUGUCAGAAAUAUCAAAUAAUUCUAAAGUGGAUCUUGAAAACUCAGUUGUACAACAGCAACAUGAAGAAAAUAAUAUUAGUAUGAAUUCAUCAACCUMAAMAAAAACACCUCCACAAAAGAGAAGAAAACUAUUUCGUUACUUGGGAGAUUAUGAAGAAGAAGAUUUGGAAACCCCUAGAAAGAGGAAAAUGUUUUGGACUGUUUAUAAAAAAACCUUGGAAAAAAAAGCCAAUACCGAAAGACUGUUAAGACAAAAAAAUCAUAGAUUGCAAGCUAAAAUAAGGACAUUAAAUACAUUAAUUGAUAGUUUACAAGCCGAUAACAAAAYUACAGCCAAUUGUUCCAAUAUUUUACUAGACAUACUAGAUUAA